AUUGUAUGUUCCGAACGCACCCAAGAGGGGCGUAAAACAAUCCGCCAUUUUGUCUCUAUGACAAUUUAGGAUUUUAUUAAUUUGAAACCGGUGUAAAUCUAAUUAAUCUGUUAAAAGUGUGAUAUUUGAAAAACAGUGCAGUGUUUUUAGAGGCUGUGAUAUUUGUGUGUCCUGUUAUUUUUUGUUUACGUUUAUCUUGACGUUUUAUAGUUGACCGAUUUUGACGUCGAUUACAGAACUCUAGAUAAAUCAAAAUGGGCACAAGAGAGGACGAAUACGAUUAUUUGUUCAAAGUUGUGCUAAUAGGCGAUUCCGGCGUAGGGAAGAGCAGUCUUUUGUCACGUUUCACUAGAAAUGAAUUCAAUUUAGAGUCUAAAUCUACAAUAGGUGUGGAAUUUGCAACAAGAAGUAUAGAGGUGGACGGUAAAACGAUCAAGGCUCAAAUAUGGGACACGGCGGGUCAGGAGAGAUACCGUGCCAUCACGUCGGCGUACUACCGCGGCGCUGUCGGCGCCCUGCUCGUCUAUGACAUAGCCAAACACCUCUCGUACGAGAACGUGGAGAGAUGGCUGCGUGAACUGCGUGAUCAUGCCGACCAAAACAUACUGAUCAUGCUCGUCGGCAACAAGAGUGACCUUAGGCACCUUAGAUCCAUCCCAACGGAGGAGGCGAAGGCAUUCGCGGAACAGAACGGUCUUAGUUUUAUUGAAACAUCCGCUCUUGACUCUACCAAUGUGGAGCCAGCAUUCCAGAAUAUACUAACUGAGAUCUACAGGAUCGUGUCGCAGCGGCAGAUGCGCGACCCGCCGGAGGGCGACGUGAUCCGGCCCGACGCCGAGCCCGCCGACGUGCGGCCCUCGCAGGCCGACAGCGUGCGCAAGCAGUGCUGCCAGUAGCCGCACAGAAUGUCUAGUUAACAUUGGAGCCGAAGUGAGAGAGAGAGAGAGAGAGAGAGUCAAAACGGCUGGAAAACUAUUACGCAAUCAUAACCGAAUCAUUCCCAGACAACGGUCUUACCAACAUUAAAACAUUGCCAGCAACGAAAACGUUCUGUCCGGUACACAUAAUGCACAGAUGGUGUUACGGUCCUAUUUAGUCUAUGCUCGUGGCAGUGUUUUCAUCUGGCAACACUGGCGGCGUGGCGCGCGGCGGCGGUGGCUGUGUGGACUUCACACUGUUGCCUAUCGGAACGAAUGACGCGCUGCUUGCAGUCGUGUCUAACUGCACGCUCAAGUGUGCGCCAGCGCAGACUUGAAGAAUUCGUAAAUGCGCUAUUUUUGUUCUGAUGAAAUUUCAUUCUUAUUACAUUGUGUUAUACUGUUGAAAAUAGCAAGAUUUAAGUGCACGUCGGCUUACAGUCACACGUCGCUUGUAUAUUUUGAACUGUAUUAACAUUUUUUAAGGUUGAGAUUAGUUUGUACCCGAGCGCGCGUGCAGCAGCUCCUCGGCCGCGUCGCCAGCCGAAGCGUUCAAGAGUGGCUCAUGUAGAUAGCUUUGUGUAAUUAUUGAUAUUUAGUGUCUGAACGAUGGAAAUUUAAAUACAAAACGUAACGGGAUGAGGAGUCAAUGUAAAACACGUUUUAGGUACAUGCUUUUGUUAUAGAUAGCACCUUUAUUCAUUUGGCGCUCCUAGUUAUACACGAAACCUGUGUAAUUUGUACCAGAAAAAAUGAUUUUUUAUUAUUAUUAUUAUUUAGAAGUGUACCUCUUUUUAAUUAGUAGGUAAUUCAUAAUUGUAUGUAUUUAUUUAUGGAAAAGUUGGAAAUGGCUAGCGCUGUGGAUGCGACAGAUCGCCGUCGUGGAGAGUUCAAGCAAUAUACCGACGACAGUCGACACAUACACUCAUAGCUUCACUAUGAUAAUACUAGCUGUUAGUUAUCUGUAAGGGGCGAGAUAGCUUUUUUAAAAAUGGAUCAUUUUCUUUACCGAUAUUUCGUGCCUUCUGUGAAUUACGGCGUACGUGUACAUUGAUAUGCUUAUGUUGUUUAUUUUUGCAUAUCGUUGAAAUUUGAAUAUUGCAUAUAUGGUGGCUGCAAAUGUAACAUAGUAUAACAAUACUCAGGUAUGGGCUCCGUGCCAUCGGGCAGCCGUUGUAACGGUUGUCGUGAAUAACGGUAUUUAAAUAACGGUUAUUGGUAGCAGAUAGCCGUUGCCGUUUCUGAUGGCUUGUAACCUCUUGAGGAGACAGACAUGCGGUGUUCGUUGUAUCUAAGGAAAUAUUAUUGUAUUAAUGUCUUACAUAUGCAUGGUUAUUUUUUUAGUGCCUACCUGUAAUUACUUUAUUAAAGACAAAGAUAAUAAAAUAUAAUGUAAAUUC